UCUCACAUCCUAUCCACAUCUCAUAAUAAGACUCUCUCAGACACACACACACCUCACACACUCUCUGAUCUCUCUCACUCCCCUCUUAGCAAACAAGAAGAUAAAUUCUAGAAAAAUUCUAGCUUUUUCUUCUUCUUGUCAACAAAAUCAAUAACCACAGGCCAUGGCUCAAACCAUGUUGCUCGCAUCUACUCCCUCUGGUCACGCCGUUGUUGACUUGAAGAGACAACCAUUGCUCCAAAGACUAAGGCCCAGGCCAUUCUCUCAUUUCUUACUACCCAAUCUUCCAACUGCAACAACUACUAGUACUUCAUUUCAUGCAGCGAAAACUGUUGCUCUCUUCAAAUCAAAGGCCAAAGCUCCUCUCAAGAAGGCACCAGUACCGCCUCCUAAGCGGAAGGUUGAAGAUGGUAUAUUUGGGACCUCUGGAGGGAUUGGUUUCACCAAGGCAAAUGAGCUCUUUGUUGGUCGUGUAGCCAUGAUUGGCUUUGCUGCAUCCAUAUUGGGAGAAGCAAUAACAGGAAAGGGAAUUCUAGCGCAAUUGAAUCUAGAAACUGGAAUUCCAAUUUAUGAAGCUGAGCCUCUUCUUCUCUUCUUUAUCCUCUUUACACUGCUUGGAGCCAUAGGAGCAUUGGGCGAUCGAGGCAGUUUCGUCGAUGAACCUGCUACCGGACUUGAAAAGGCUGUCGUCCCUCCAGGCAGAGGAUUCAGAUCAGCACUCGGUUUGAGCGAAGAAGGUCCGCUUUUCGGAUUCACAAAGGCAAAUGAGCUCUUCGUGGGGCGAUUGGCUCAGUUGGGUAUUGCUUUCUCUUUAAUUGGAGAAAUUAUCACAGGAAAAGGAGCUCUGGCGCAAUUGAACAUUGAAACUGGACUACCAGUGACCGAAAUUGAACCCCUUGUUUUGUUCAAUGUCGCCUUUUUCUUCUUCGCGGCAUUGAAUCCAGGGACCGGUAAGUUUGUGACAGAUGAAGAUGAAAAAUGAAUGCUGGUUAGGUUUUGUGCUUGUAAGUCAUAAUAAUCUUAAUUUGUAGUUUUAUUUAUGCAAGAAUUGGUAAUUAUGUCCAAAAUACUCACUUGUGUAUAAGUGUUUUUUUGGUUCCAUAAACACCUCCCUUUCUCUAUCUCAAUAUAUAUUGUUGUUGCAUUUUA